AUGUAUGUAUUCAGGGGUGUUUUUCCAGUGAUAUGUCCUAGUGGUGUCCGCAUCCAUGCCACAUUGAUGAUGGUGGCCUGUGACAUCCCAGCAGCAAGAAAGACAAGUGGGUUCACCUCGCACAACAGUACAUGGGCAUGUUACAAGUGCAACAGACAUUUCCCUCGCUUGGAAAACGGUGUCAAUAUUGACUUUCGUGGGUUUGACUUCUCUCGGUGGGUGCUUCGUGACGGUUUGCAUCGCCUUGGAUACCUUGAUCUAGUACGUGGAACGAUCAUCGAUCCCAUGCAUAAUUUAUUCCUGGGAACGCCUAAAAGAUUGAUGGAUCGUUGGAUCAAAGACGAAGACAUUCAAGAUGGCGAUUUUGUGGCAAUGCAGAAGACUGCAGAAACGAUGAUUGUGCCUGGUGAAUACACCUCUUUGAACUCGAAAAUAGGAAAGCAGUUUUCGUAUAUGAAGGCAGACGAGUGGAAGUCAUGGGUGCUCGUAUACUCGCCAGUUCUGUUGAAAGAUGUUCUUGCAAAAGACAGAUUCGAAAACUGGAUUAACUUUGUUGAUGCAUGCCGCCUGUUGAUCAAGCCAACGAUCACGUUCAAUGAAGUCAACACUGCCCAUCAGUUUCUUCAAACUUUUUGCACCAGAUGUGACGAGCUGUACAACGCCGAAAUCCUCACCUGUAAUAUGCACCUACACCUCCAUCUUCGUGAUACAAUUCGUGAUUUUGGACCAGUGUACGGUUAUUGGCUAUUUGGGUUCGAGCGAUUUAACGGGUUGUUAAAAAAUUUGAAGACAAACAGGAAGAUCGGGUUUGAAGAAACAUUUAUGAAGAAAUUCAUUGAAGAUGUGCACAAAGACGAUCUUGUCAACAGUUUCCUUCAGAGUACUCACCAGACAUCUGCAUUUUCUCUCCUUACCAAACUCACUUAUUCCUUUACACCCGCCACCAUUCCAUCCAUCCGUCAACGUACCUUCCGCAUACAGUCAUUUGUCGAGGCUUCUGAAGAUCCAAAUGUACUUGUAAAAGGCAACGAACCUCUCCCUCCUUCCGCAUUCCCUCUAUCAUUAAAAUCCGCUACCACAAUGAUCGCACUGGAAAAAAGGGAGGAAAUUCCAAUGUGCACAGUUACCUGA